AGGCGCCCGCUGACUUGCGAUAAAGUGAAAGGCACCAGCUUCGGCUGGGGGCAGACCGGCGAUUCCACAGGCGGAGAAGCAGCGGCAGCUCCCGGCUGGCAGAGACCCCGGGGGCUGGAAGGAGGAGGAAGAGCGGGCAGGCGGGGUUGAGGGGGGAGCGAAGAGAAGAAGGCCGGAGCCUCCGCGAAGUCUGAAGAGCCGGGAGGGGGAAGGGCGAGGAGGAGGAGGAGGAGGAGGAAGGAGAUUGUAAAUUAAAAGAAGGAGGAGGCGGAGGAGGAAGGAAGGAAGGAAGGAAGGAAGGAAGGAAGGAAGGAAGGAAGAAGGGCGAAUUCUGGGGACGCCUUUGCGCCGGAAUCCGCUGGGAAAGCAGCAGGAUCCGGGCAGCCCUUCCUAGCUUGGAUCCUAGGGAACAAAUCCCGGGGCGAGGGCGGGAAUUGGAUACCUUCUUUGACAAGUGGGGCGCGCCUUCGCGUCACUGCUCCCUCCUCCGCGCCCGCGUCCCUCUUUUCCGGGGUUCCUCCGAGGUAGCGUCCGCCGUGCUUGGCUGUUCCAAGGAGAGCUCCCCACGGACUGCAGGCCCUCGGCGGCGGCAGACAGGCAGGCAGGCAGGCGCGGGCGGGAGCGGGGAGGGCGCGCGGAGGAACUACCGGAGCGUGCGCGCGCCUGGGGAGGCCGGUCCCCCUCCCUUCCCGCCCCGGAGCCUGUCCUGUGGGAGGGGUGGGGGCGAUCGGGAGCCGUCGAUGACCGCAGGGCUGCUGCUGCGCGCUCCUGCCUCUCGCCCGCCGCCGCCGCCGUUGCCCGAGGCCGGGGCGCUUGCUAUGUCCGCAGCCUCCGACAAGCCCCAGCCGCCGCCGCCUCUUGGAGCCGCCGCCGCCAUGGAGGCCGCCUCGUCCACCAGCUCCUCAACCCCCAGCAGCAGCGGCGGCGGCGGCGGCGGCGGCGGCGGCGGCGGCGGCGGCGCCAAGACCAAGAAGAGCAACGCGGGAAUCCGCCGGCCGGAGAAGCCGCCCUACUCCUACAUCGCGCUGAUCGUGAUGGCCAUCCAGAGCUCGCCGUCCAAGCGGCUGACGCUGAGCGAGAUCUACCAGUUCCUGCAGGCGCGCUUCCCCUUCUUCCGCGGCUCCUACCAGGGCUGGAAGAACUCGGUCCGCCACAACCUCUCGCUCAACGAGUGCUUCAUCAAGCUGCCCAAGGGGCUGGGCCGGCCCGGCAAGGGCCACUACUGGACCAUCGACCCGGCCAGCGAGUUCAUGUUCGAGGAGGGCUCCUUCCGACGGCGGCCCCGCGGCUUCAGGCGGAAGUGCCAGGCCCUCAAGCCCAUGUACAGCAUGAUGAACUUGAAUUUCAACCACCUCCCCGACAGCUACAGCUUCCAGGCGCCCUCCUGCCCGCCCAGCAGCCUGCCCUUGGACGGUGGCGCCCUGGGCAUGGUCAACGUGGACGGCAUGGGGCUGGCCGGCCACUCGGUGCCUCACCUGCCCUCCAACGGGGGCCACCACGCCUAUAUGAGCAGCUGCGGCGGCGGGGGAGCCGGGGCCGCCUCGGCGGGAGGAGACUACGGCCACCACGACGGAUCCGUGCCCGCUUCGCCCCUGCUGCCCGGCGGAGGGGUGAUGGAGCCCCACUCGGUUUACUCCGGCACGGCCCCCUCGGCUUGGGCGCCCUCGCCCGCCCCCGGCUUGAACGGCGGCGCCUCUUACAUCAAGCAGCAGCCGCUCUCGCCAUGCAACCCAGCCGGCAACCCGCUCUCCUCCGGCCUCUCCUCGCACUCCCUGGAGCAGCCCUACCUGCAUCAGAACAGCCACAACCCAGCCGAGCUGCAAGGAAUCCGGUACCAUUCCCAGUCUCCAAGCAUGUGUGAUCGAAAAGAAUUUGUCUUCUCCAUCAAUGCCAUGGCGUCAUCUUCCAUGCAUUCAGGAGGCAGCGGCUCCUACUAUCACCAGCAAGUGACAUAUCAAGACAUCAAACCUUGUGUGAUGUGACAAUAAGGCCCGGGAGUCAAGCUUUCUUGGGGGAGAGACAAUCCCCAGUGACCCAAAUGAAAACGGUGUAGAACUAUGGGACUUCCUGCCACAGCCCAUUUGGGAGCCAUAGGACCUUCCCAGAAGUUAGUCUGCUAGUUGUUCGUGAGGUAUAUAAAUAUUCAAGACAUCUAUGGAAAGGAACUCUCUGUCCUUAGGCAAUGGUGGAAGAGAAGCAGGUAUGCCUUUUGUGUGCCUUUCGGGGUGGGAAAGCUUAAUGCCAAAAUGCUCCACAUUUCUUCUUUCAUCUUGGGCCCCAAACCCCCAGCACUGAAAGCUACACACAUUUCCAAGAACCACUUUCUGCUCUUUUUCAUUCCUUCUUCCAGGAUCCAAAUCAACUCUCUUUAAAAAGAUAUAUCCUACCCCCUCCCAAUGCCCGCAUGUAAUUAUCAAUUUUAAUGAGCCUUUAGGAGAACGGAUUCUAGAAUCUGAGGGACAGAGAUCCGCCCUGCAAGAAAGAAACCAGCAGCUCCAGUAACAAUCACUGUGACAGCAUCUGAAAAUAAGUUUUUGGAGUCCUUCAUUUGGCCAAUGUUGGCUAGCCGUUGUGGCUUUUCGGCCUUGGCACUAAGGAGAGAAUAUAUUCAGCUCACCAUGUAUUUGACCUCUGAUUCUAAAGCAGUGGAGAAAUUUCCCAGAAUAAUUCCACAAGGCUUUCUUCUUCCCCAAGCCAAAAUUGUGUGCAGUUUCUAACAUUUUCUGCAUCUUAGGGGUUGGUGAGGUUUUGAAACGUAAACCUCACAGAUAAACAAGCCCACAGACAGACCACCAUCAUACCAAGGAGGAUUGGGACCACCUUGUUCAACAGCCUGAUGUUGUAAAACUCACUCCACCUUCCAUUUGGCUACACCAAGCCUAUUUUAAAUAUUAAGUACAAAAUUACAAAGAAAAGCACUUUGAGAAAUAAAGGUUGAAAAUGGGAAUAAAAAGACUAACAAGGCUCACAUGCUUAUUUAUUCAAACCUUUUAAUAAAACCCAACAGCAGCCUUGGUCAACAGUAUUAGAACGGUUAAUGUGUCGGCAAUAUUUGCUGCAGAAGCUGUGUAUAUGGAGGAAGACUGUGUGACUGCUAGUGGGUGUGUAUGUUUAAAGUAAUCACGGCAAAUACCAAACAGCAGUACGGCACAAUUUCCCCCAUGUUUUAUAUAGAUGAAGGAUGCUUUUUUUUUUUUGGUCAGUUUGUUUGUUUUUGCCUGACAAUAGAGCUUAGGGGACACACCUAUUUUAAAUUUUAUUCUGCACUGUAUAAAAAUGUAAUUAUGGCAGAAGGGGUCUAGGCCCCCUAUUUUUGUGUACAUUCAUUCUUUUUUUUAAAAAAAUGGAAUGCAAAUAUUUUAAAAAUGUGUGAUAUUCGUACACGUCUGACACCAAUUGUAUAAACUGUAAAUAAAUCAAUGUGACAUAGAAGUCUGCGUAAUGGCAUGUUAAGAAUAAAAGUCAAAGGAAAAGA